UAACUCUCGGUUGAAGUCCCACCGUGUCCGUGGCGAUGAUGUGUGUUUUGGGAAGUGUGUGUUAGCCGUGUGAGCCGCAGCUUAGCUCUCCUGUAGCUCACUCAUGCAGAGGCUGGGCGCAGCAGCAGCAACCGGAGCAGCUCAGCCCACCGUCGUUUCCGACAGCUCCGUAUGAAUUUCACGUCGGUGUAUAAACUGCUGCUUGAUGGUUCACAGAGGGCCGAUCCACGGUGAUAUCGAGGAUGGGGGAACCGUGUGACCUUAAACACUUCGUAAAGUGUGGCGUCACUUUGGAAGGCUCAUUUCUCUGAUUUGGAUUAUUCUUGGCCAGCGGCCUCUUCAGGGCUACUAAUCCUAGACGAGUUUCUCAAUGGAUGCUCUGCUCAAGUCCGAGAUCAGAGAGGAAGGGAGUGGUGCGUCGGUAAAGGUGGAGGGUCUGUCCAAGGCAGCUCUUAUCAAAAGCCUGUCUCCCAGAGUCAUGCUGUCCAACCAUCUUUUGCCUAAAGGGACCAAGAUGAAGGUCAAUCUAGAGGAUCAGGGUCGUCAGAAAGUGUCCUUCAGCUUCUCACAGACAAAGAAGCCACUUCAAAGCCCGUUCUUCAUCCCUGCCAGUCCUGAGAAAUCUGUGACUGAACCUCAUGCUGCCUUGUCACAGUCAGCCUCAGAUAAAGCAGGGAAGAGCACAGACAGCAAGAGUGAGCAAAAGCCGACACCUCCGGUGCCAACAUCGAUAACAGAGACACCCUCUCAAAUACCUGUGUCCUCAGCAUCCAAACUGAAAACGGACUUAACAAAGAUGCAUUUUAAGAAACAAAUCCUUAGUGUUUCUGUGACUGAAGAGCAAGCAUCUGUUACACCUGAAGAGCAGAAUACCACUGAAAUACAGAUGCCGACAAGCAAAAGUGAAGCUGAAUUCCCUACACCCCAGCCACCAAACGCCCCCUCUGAAAACGCUCCCAUUGAAGCUCCUGAAGCAAAAGUAACCCCUUGCCUCAAGAAGCCAGCUGCUUCCUCAGGUAAAGCUGGAGAGAGUCCCAGCAGUUCUGAGCAGGAAAAUAAGGACUCCAAAAGGAAAACCAGGUCACAAUCGGAUAGUGCUCCCCCAGGCUCAGAAUCUGAAGGAGAUUCAGCCCAGACGUCUUCCAGCCGCAAAUCAGUUGAUUCCAAAAGUAAAACAAACUCCGACAGCAGAAGCAAAGACGUGAAAAAGUCUUCCUCUGGUUCACACUUGGAGGAAAGGGAAAAAAGUUACUCUAAGCGAUCGGAGAAUCAUGAAAGGUCUUCUAGUUACUCCAAAUCCGAUCGAGACUCUAGAUACAUAUCUUCACGCUCAUCUCGAUCAGACAAGGAUCGAAGAAGGUCAAGGUCAAGAUCGCGGUCUAGAUCUCGAGGCUCUCGAACAAGUUCAUCUCACUCCAGAUCAGAGAGAUCCAGAGGAGACAGAAGGUCGUACUACCAUGAUUCUGAUCGGCGAUCGCACAGGAGUUCUCCACGUAGGGAAAGAAGACGUUCACGUUCUCGUACCGAUAGGACUCGGGACAGUUCCGACUCUGAAGAUGACCAUAGGAAAACAAGGACAAGGACAAAUGACUCCAGUAGGUCAUCCAACUACUCAAGCUCACAUAAAGACUCUAAAUCAUCAUCCUACUCAAAAUCUGAGAAAACCUCUAAAUCGUUAGAUUCUUCCUAUUCAGGUGAGAUGGAUAAAAGAACGCAGUCGUCAAAGUCUGACAGGACGUCCAAGCGAUUAGAUUCAGACUCCCAGCGGAAGUGCUCCCCGGAUUUGGAUGCGAGUUACCGUAAGUCUAGCAGUCAUUAUAAGUCAGAGACCAGCACCAGGUCCUCUUCUUCCAGUGUCCAUACCCACUCUCAAGCAUACGAUAAACACCAAAAAAGUACCUCCUGUGACUCUGAUGCAGACCAUAAAGGAAAGUCCCUCCCCUCUGAGAAAAACUCUAGCUCUGUGGAAAACUGUAAAACCUCCCAAAACAAAACCAGCAGGCCUGACUCGAAACAGCUGACCCCUUUAAAACCUUCUGAGAAAGCCACUGGGCACGAUAGACAAUCAGAUGAGGUAUUUCAGAGCCCUGGCAAAGCACCUUCGUAUGCAACCACCACCGAGUCGUACUCUCAGAUUGAAGUAGAAAAAUCUGGCCCUGUUGAGGAUGGCAAAGAGCAUGGAGAUCAGGAUCCUAAAGAGAUGUCUUCAUGCUCGAAUACAAGUUUCCAGGAGUCCUCAUUAACGUUAGAGAAAGAAUCAAACUUGGAUGUUGAAAUUGAAAAAGCAAACGCUUCUGCUGUGACCUCAAGUGAAAGCUCGAAGCAUGCUAAUGUUGCUGGAGAAAGCUUGUCUGACAUGAUGGAUAGCCUUUCCUCUGAUCCUCCACCACAUGUGAACUUAGAUACAGCUGUUGUGAAUUCUUGCAGUAGUAAUGAUAAUAUAAUGUGCAAUGAAGAUAUGAAGGUUUUGGACUGUUCUCCUGGGCCGAAAUCAUCGCCUGACAUAUCAGAUCCACAUGUCAAACAUGAUGUCCAGCAAACCACCGAACCCGAGUUUGUUGAACUGAAUAACCUUUCGCCAGUCAUUAAGCAGCCCGAUGCAAUUAUGUCUCUCAAAUCAGAUUCCUCGUAUCUUGAAGCUGAGAGUCAGGUGGCACAAGGGCACCAAAAUAUGGAUACCAUAAAGAAGAGUGGCUGUGCUACCAGAAAGUCUCGAUGGGAUAUUGUGGGCCAAGACACAUCUGAGACUGAUAAUUCACAGAAGCUUUUUUGUGCAGAGAGUAAACCUACUGUUAGAAAAGUCAUCUCAGUCAAAAAGAUCGAGUUUGCUAAAGAUGGCCAACAGGACGCCGAUUUUAACAACAGCGUACAGCAAGACGCGAUUACACAUUCCACACUGGUAAAGUAUACCGAGAGCUCCAACGAGGGCUUUGGCUCAGACAACAUAUCCAUGGCAUCUAAAUGCAAAGACCAAAGUGAGCCUUCACAAGCAAACACCAGCAACAACCACUGUGACCUAAAACUGACUUUUCCUCAACAACAGAACACGGACGAGUGUCCUCAGAUUAAUGCUACUCCACAGAGCUGGAAUGGUGAUAAUUACGAAGACAAAUCCAAGGAAAUAACUCAUAAGAACAGACUCGAGAAGGGAACGUUGCUUACACAGGAAGCAUUAGGAGGGCAGAGUGAUGCCAAUGACAGUGACAACUCGGAGUACGACUCGGAUUGUGGCGGGGCUAUGAAGCAGCUGCACUCUGUAGUUGUGGUGCCAAACAAAUCCUCCCUAAUGGUGGAUACAGAAAGCAAGGGUGCCUCACCGUACAAUCACACAAAUGUUUCAGAAACACACAGUUCUCAUACAGUGAUUCACGGGAUUAUCGGCAAUAUAGGAAACACUGGUUUGAGUGAUUCAUCCAGUAACAGUGUGUUGUGUCAAUCCCAGAGUAACAUGAUUGAUAGUACUAGUCACUUAGAGGGCUCUGGCUCCGUCAUUGCUCUGCCUUACGUAAGUGGUCAUGCUAAUGCCACAGGAUCUACUCAGACAUCUGACAGACCCACACAGUGUGCACAAGGGCAGCCCCAACAUGGGGCUGGUAGCAGAGGCGAUCAAUUAUAUAGGCAUUACCAUCAUGGUGAUCUUCUCAGUGCUGGUAUUGUCAACGACAAGAACGGAUUUAGCCUGGGUUGGGAGUUUUCGCAGCCAGAACAGCCAAGUAGUACCUACCAGCAGCCUGACAGCAGCCAUGGACCACAGCUAGCAAACACUCAAACUAUUGGCAGUUUCUCCAAAGAGCAAGCGCACCAACAGAGUAAUGCUUUGUGCCCCCAACAGUCCCCAAACAUGCAAGUAAACAGAAAACCCUACCUCCAUGCGCAAGAACAUUCUCAGGAUCAUUUGGGGGAAAUCCAUCCUGACUCUCUGACUAAUGACGAUUACAGUGGGUAUAAACCAGCAAGUCUGUGUAAAACGCAAAUGGAAUGCAGCGGACCGAACACCACGGGGUCGUCAAGCUUUGUUCAAGGUUAUGAAAUAAGCAGCAACAGCAGGGGCUCCACUGUGCCCGAUCCUCCGAGAGACGACAGCUUCAGGUCGCACAGAAGCAGGGGCCCUCCCAAGAAACGGAGACCAGAGAUCGAGUCGGACUCGGACAACGAGGCCGAGGCUGGACCUGCGCUCAAGAAAUCACGUCAGGGGGAUACUGACAGCUCGAAAGAAACUGUUGUCAAAGCUGACCCGCAACGUCCAUUGCUCACUCUGCGUGACUUUCAAGAUGCCAGUAAAUGGAAAGAGUAUUCCAAGUCCAAAAAGAUGCCCCCUUACUUUGACCUGAUUGAGGAGAACCUGUACCUGACUGAACGGAAGAAGAGCAAAUCUCAUCGAGAUAUCAAGAGGAUGCAAUGUGAAUGUCCAGUGCUGCCCAGAGAGGAGCGUUCAAGAGGAGUACUGGCCUGUGGGGAAGACUGUUUGAACAGACUGCUGAUGAUUGAGUGCUCAUCCCGGUGCCUGAAUGGAGUGUACUGCUCUAAUCGUCGCUUUCAGAUGAAACAACAUGCAGAUUUUGAAGUUAUCCUCACAGAAGAUAAAGGAUGGGGACUACGGGCAGCUAAAGACUUGGCUUCAAACACUUUUGUGCUGGAAUACUGCGGUGAAGUGUUGGAUCACAAGGAAUUCAAGACUAGGGUGAAGGAGUACGCUCGCAAUAAGAACAUCCACUACUAUUUUAUGUCACUGAAGAACAAUGAGAUCAUUGACGCAACACUGAAGGGAAACUGCUCUCGGUUUAUGAAUCACAGCUGUGAGCCCAACUGUGAGACUCAGAAGUGGACGGUCAAUGGCCAGCUUCGCGUUGGGUUUUUCACCACCAAGGCAGUCACUGCAGGAACCGAACUGACAUUCGACUACCAGUUCCAGAGAUACGGGAAAGAGGCACAGAAAUGCUUCUGUGGAGCGCCCAGCUGCAGAGGCUUCCUGGGUGGGGAGAACAGAGUUAGUGUUCGGGCAGCUGGAGGGAAGAUGAAAAAAGACCGCAGUCGAAAGAGUGCUCUCACCACGGUCGACGAGGAGCUGGAGGCAUUACUGGAGAAUGGAGAAGGCCUGUAUGAUGAGAAGCAGGUGGUGUCUCUAUGUAGACUAAUGGUCCGAGUGGAAACCACUGAGCAGAAACUCACCUGUCUCAAGCUCAUACAAGAUACCCAAAAUUCAUCCUGCUUGAAGCAGUUCCUCGACCAUCAUGGGUUGUCCUUGCUUUGGAUCUUCAUGGCCGAACUGUCCGAAGCUAAAGGCAACAGUGCCAAUAACAUCAAACUGCAAUUAGAGAUCAUGAAGACCCUGGCUGUGCUGCCCAUCUGCACGAAAAACAUGUUGGAGGAAAGCAGAGUUCUGACCUUAAUUCAGCGGUGGGCCCAGACAAAGACCCUCCCUCAGCCGGCAGAGAUGGAUGGCUAUUCCAGUGAAAAUACCUCCCGGGCUCAAACCCCCCUCAAUACUCCCGAUGGGUCCUCGACCAAACUGGGACCAGAAAUGGAUGGCGACCCCUCCAAGCCAGCUGUAUUCAGACGCCUUAAAAUCAUCAGUGAGAACAGCCUUGACAGUGCACUUUCUGACGCUAGCAAAGCCUCUGAUGGAAAGGAGGAAGAAGAGGAGGAAGAGGAUGAGGAGGAAGAGGAAAAUUCACGUGCAGAACUUUCUGAUGCGAAACAGUCAAAGACAGAAACACUAAGUGAAGCUGCAGAUCCAGCUAAAGAGACUGUUAAAGAGGUCACAGAGGAGAAACAGGUCACUGAGGAGAAACAGGAAGUGGUAGAGUUGACCUCGAUCAUCCAGCCUCAGUCUGAGCCUGAGAAGGAGAAAGAUAAGACUGAGUCCGGUGUGGAACAGAACGAUACUGAGAUGAAAGAGGAAAUUAUCGAGGGCCAGGCAGAUGAACAAGAUGUACCAAAAGAGUCCAGUGAAGAGCAGGAAGGGGCGGAACAACAGAAUACUCAAACGGAGAAUGAAACGACUGUGGGAGAACAGCCUGUUGGUUCUGCAGAUGAGCCCGAGAGUCAAUCCAACCAGACAGACGGUGCCGAGCUUCCAUCUGAACAACCUCCAGAGAAUACAGAAGCAGAGGCGGAUAAGCCUCCAUCCGGCAGCGAGACUCAGUCUGGUGAAUCAAGCACUGAUGCUCCCCCAGUCACUGAAGCGCCAGAGGCCACUUUGCCUUCCGAGGUCCCAGCAGCCCCGGUGGAUCCAUCAGUGAUAGGAACUCCUUCUCAGGAUGAGGAGGAAGGUGUCUCAGAUGUGGAGAGCGAGAGGAGUCAGGAACCCCAACUCAAUGUUUUGGACAUUAGUGGCAUGGCUGCCCGGCUUCUGGAAAGUUGGAAAGAUCUGAAGGAGGUGUACAGGAUACCAAAGAAGAGUCAGGUGGAAAAGGAAGCAACUGAUCGCAGCCGGGAUCGAGACUCAUCUUUGACACCACGCACCACUUCUAGCAGCCGAGAGCGUGAAAGAGAGCGGGACAAGGAUCGGGACAGAGACCGAGACCGAGAAUAUGAGCGAGAGAGGGAUCGUGACUGGGACCGGGACAGGGAUCGGGACAGAGACAGGGACCGGGACCGGGACAGAGAUCGAGACAGAGAAAGAGACCGGGACAGGGACAGAGAUCGGGACCGUGAUCGGGGUUCUGACAAAACUCCACGCAGUUCUGAACGAAGGAGGAGACGUUCACCGUCUCCACCGCCCUCAUCCUAUGAGAGGAGCAGCCGACGCACCGAGGAACGCUUUGACUCGUCUAAUAGCAAGACACCAAGAGGAGUCGGCAAGGAGCGCAACAAGCUGUCGACAGAGGAGCGCAGAAAGCUGUUUGAACAGGAAGUUGCUCAGCGGGAAGCACAGAAGCAGCAGCAGCAGCUUCAGCAGCAACAGCAGCAGCAGCUUCAAACAAUGACCUAUGACCCUGCUCUGGCGUAUGCCUCCAGCCCCGGUUUCAUCACGUACCCUCCAGGAUAUCCCAUCCAAACGUUUGUCGAUCCCACCAACCCGAACGCGGGCAAAGUUCUUCUCCCCACUCCUCCCGUCGACCCAGGCGUCGGUUAUGAACAGACUCCUCAAGCGGGUCUCAUCUCCGAGAUGGGGCUGCCUUCCCCAUCCUCCACCUCUCAGACCACCCCGGUCUCCAGUCUCGCUCAGCACAUCACCACCACCACCAACCUCACCACCGCCAAUCCUCAGCAGUACGCCCAGGCAGCUGUAGCGACCCAGGAAGCGGGUGUAGCUGUCCUCUCUGUGCCUGCCCAGUCAGCCACUCAGGUACAGGGCCAGCAGAGCUACACCACUCUCUGGGACCCGACCACUCAGCAGACUGUGACCGUGCAGACGCAGCCCGCGCAGCAGUACGCCGCAGCCCCGGGCCAGGCUCAGACACAGACGGCCAUUUACUACCAGGGACAGCCAUGUCAGACCAUCUACAGCAUCCCCACUGCGUACCCUCAGGCUAAUACUCCAGUCAUACAGGCAUACAGUGAGCCCACAGCCAGCUAUCUGCACGGCCAGCCGGUGUAUCCUGGCCAUCAGCAGGGAGUGGUGGUGCAGCAGGGAGGCACAGUUACCACCAUUGUGACAUCCCAAACUGUCCAGCAGGAAAUGAUUGUACCCAACAAUGUGAUCGACCUUCCUCCUCCUUCCCCUCCUAAACCCAAAACCAUCGUCCUACCUCCCAACUGGAAAGUGGCUCGGGACCCAGAAGGGAAGAUCUACUACUACCAUAUUGUCACAAGGCAAACGCAGUGGGACCCGCCCACGUGGGAAGGAAGCAGUGACAACACAAGUGUGGACCAUGAGUCAGAGAUGGACCUGGGGACACCCACCUACGACGAGAAUCCCUCCAAGUUCUCCACAAAGACAGCUGAAGCAGACACUUCCAGUGAGCUGGCGAAAAAAAGUAAAGAGACGUUUCGCAAAGAGAUGUCCCAGUUCAUAGUGACGUGUCUAAAUCCCUAUCGGAAGCCAGACUGCAAAUCAGGGCGCAUCAGCAACACGGAGGAUUUCAAACACCUGGCUCGAAAGCUCACUCACGGAGUCAUGAAUAAGGAGCUGAAGGCUUGCAAGAACCCCGAGGACCUGGAGUGCAAUGAGAAUGUGAAGCACAAGACCAAGGAGUACAUCAAAAAGUACAUGCAGAGGUUUGGCUCGGUGUACAGGCCCAAGGAGGACACUGAAGUGUACUGACCGUCUGAGGCCAGUUAGAUCUGCUCUGCGUGAAAAUAGGAGAAGCACAGAUUUGCCUUUCCACUCACUCCUUCGUGUAAAAAAAAAAAAAAAAAAAACUGGUCAGCUUGAACAGUGAAGUAGUUUCUUAUCUGUAUUUAUGUCAAAGAAUUGCACUGCUGCCCGAGAAGCUCUCCAAUUCCAGUGAAUUUACACGGGAACUCCGUUCUAAAGGCGGUCUGAGGCUGGAGUGGCGCCGAACCGCCCUGCGCUCGGCGCGCGCCGAGCUCUCGUCGGAUGACACUGAGGGGUGCUACAGAGACUUCAUCUUUUCACUGACUGUUUUUGUUUUUUUCUGUUUUGUUUUUGUUUUUUUUUUGUUCCCAUUUUGUGGUUCUUGUAUGUUCCUGAGAUGAUCACCUCAAUUUCCACUUUUUAGAUUUUUAUUCCCCUGAAUGAGGAAAGAUGAAAGGAAUCAAGCCCGGUGUCGAAUUUUCCGCUGUUAAAGACGGACCGUGGACAGUCCAGCCCCUCCUCCUCCUCCUCCUCCUCUCACCUUCGUCUCCUCGUGCACGCCUCGACCCCCCGCCACCACUGACUCUAUCUGGUGCUGCUUUUAACUGGGCUGUGGAGGUCCAAGCUUCCACUCCCCAAAACCCUGCCUUCUUAACCACAAAGACUCUGGAGCCGCCGUUGUUUUAUGAAUGCAUGAUGCAGGCCGAGGUCAGAGUGGUGUCCUUCUGGGAAAAUUCCUCCUUUUUUCCAAGUGUCCUGCUUCAAGUACCGUGCCCUCGCCGGGAGGAGCUUUUUAACUCUGUGCGCCGAGGGAUCAACCGAUGACGAGCAGGUUGGGCCAAGGGGUCAGAGGUCGACGUUUCCCUCGUCUUUUAUGAAAUGUAUAAUAACGGGAGCAGGGUUUUAAUGCCAUGUUUGAUGUUGCUGUUUAGACGUGUGUCCGUUUCUCUCCAUUUGUCGUCCGGCCUGUCUCCCGACUCGUUCUGCCAUCAACAAGAAUGACGCUAAAAAUGAAGGUUGUAGCAUUGCAGUUUUUACCUAAAUGUGUGUGUGUGCGCGCGCGUGUGUGUGCGUUCGUGUUUGCGUGUGUGUGCUCUGGCUUUUUUUUUUUUUUUUUUUUCACCAGUCUGUCCCAGUUACAAGUUAAGAGACAGUUAAGUUGGCCUCGCUCCAUCUAAUUUUCUUUUUUUCCACAGUUUGCAGGCGGUGUUUCUUAAACAUCUGAUCAUCAACUUUUCACAGCCCAACAAUUGCAUUAAACACAGUUUCAACAUAUUGUAUAUUGAUUUAUAUAUGAAUAUAUAUGAAAUAAUAGUUUUGGGAAUGUUUAAAUAAGCAGACACUUUGUAAAAGGACUAUCAUUUCAGCAUUGAGCGUGUAAAUAAUGUGUACAAUUACCAAAGCUGUAUGCAGGAGAGUAGGGUCGUGGAGCACAGUGAGCCCAGCGUUCCUCACCAGCUCAGUUCUCCUGAUGCAGUUUCCCCAACGAGCCUGU